GUGUGCUAACUGUCGUGAAAGCACAUUGACGCAGAAAGCCGCGAGCAGGACGCUAAUAAGUCAGUCUUAUUAUUUGUUCUCCAGUUUGAAAUAUUGACGUCGUAUAAAAUACACCUUUGAUCCUUUUGUAAAGGAUAAAGUCGUAUCGAUGCGCUAGAAGCACUGUGCCGCUUCUUGUGCUAUCUUUGCUUGUUAGUUAGCUUAGCUCUCUAGUUAGCUUAGCUUGUUAGCUACUAACAAAGAGAUGCAGAAGUUAUCAACACAUCGCUAAGUAGAGAUCAAGUGUGAGAGUAAAGUGUUGUGAUUGUGUGAAAAUGUCUACAUUACAAAUGUUGAGAGCGUUGGUGGAUCAGCGACUAACUGCUGCCGUUGAAGAAAUAUUUGUAGUGUUAGAAAGAACGAUAGCAGAAUACGAGGCGGAACUUUCUACAACAAAAGAGGAUUACAAUCAACUACUGGACGCUGUUGUCAAGAAACAUCGAGUGGUGUUACACAGAACAGAUGUCGAAGAAGAACCUCCACCUCAUGAGCAGGAGGAGGAACCACAGUCCUCCAACAUACAUAAGGAAGAAGAGGUACCACAUUCCCAACACAUUAAGGAGGGAAGAGAGGAGCCACAGCCCACCGACAUUAAAGAGAAAUACGAGACGCCACAGACCCAUAAUGUUAAACUGACCCUUCACAUUAAAGGGCAAGCGGAGGGCCCACUGAUCUUACAUAUCAAAAAGGAAGAGGAUGAUCCACUGACACCUCACAUUAAAAAGGAAGAGGAGGACCCUCUGACUCCCUACUUUAAAGAGGAAGAGGAGGACCAAGAGCUGUUGCACAUUAAAGAGGAAGAGAAGGAACACCACAUCAGUCAGCCUAAAUGGUUAGAGGAGUUCCCAGGGACUGGUGUCCCUGUGAAGAGUGAAGAUGAUGAGGUCAAAGGUGAAAGUGAGGAGAAGAAAGAGGCGGAGCCUCCAAGCAGCAGCUCAACACAACACAUGACAACAGAAGCUGAUGGAGACCACUGUGGAGGAUCACAAGCAGACAAGCUCUUAGCUCCACUAUCAGAUAGUGAGGACACAACGUCACACUCUCCUGACACUGAUGAUGAAGACUCUAAAGAUGAUAAGACAUGUCACACUGACAACACUCACUUCACAUGUUCUCACUGUGACAAAACUUUUAAAUACCUUUGUCGUCUGAAAAGACACAUGAGAACACACACUGGAGAAAACAUUUUUACCUGUUCACUCUGUUGUAAAGGUUUUGCACAAAGUCACAAUUUGAAAAGACACAUGAGAAUACACACCGGAGAAAAACCUUUUGUAUGUUCAAUCUGUAGUAAAAGUUUUGUACAAAGAAACAAUUUGGAAGUACACAAGAGAACACACACUGGUGAAAAACCUUUUUCCUGUUCAACCUGUGGUAAAGGUUUUACAGAACUUCAGAGUUUGAAAAGACACGUGAGAACACACACUGGUGAAAAACCUUUUUCCUGUUCAACAUGUGGGAAAGGUUUUACACAAAGUCAGAAUUUGGAAAGACACAAGAGAACACACACUGGUGAAAAAUUACAUUCCUGUCCAAUCUGCAACAGAAGCUUUUAUGAAGGAUCAAACCUUGUUAGACACAUGAGAAGACACCCAGGAGAGAAAGUGUUGAGUUGCAGUGUGUGUGGUGAAAGAUUCUCUUAUAAGUACCAGUGUAAGAAACACAAGUGUGCUGGUGAGAACAGCAGCAGCAAAUGAAACUGCAGGAUUUGAAAUAAACUGUCAAGACUUUAAUUUUGACUUUCUAACAACAUCAGCACAUAUAAUAUGUGUGACAUUGUUGUUUGUGUAACAAUCUUUUUAAUAUGCUCGUACAUUUAUAGAUUAGUUUGAAAUAUGAAAGUAUUACAUAUUUGUAUUUGUAAUUGUUAAUGAUACCAUAGAUAAUCACCUUUAUAUGAUAUACAUAUUUACUGGUUCACAUCUGAAACAUCUUCUGGACCACUUCAGGAAGCAUAUUAUUAUUUACUUUAUACAUCAUUUGAACAGUUGUCUUUUAUACAAUUUUGAAAUGUGUGACUUUAUGACUCAUUUGUUGGGUAUCUGUAAUCCAUUUUAUUAAUUAUCUUUAUUACUCUCGUUUGUAUUUUGAUGAUUGUGUUGUGAUUGUUUUAUACUUUAACUUAAUAUGUAUGUACUUAUACCUUUAUGCAAUAAAAAGUGAGAGAAUACGUCUAAAUUGUU